AUGGUGGCCCCGGGGGUGGACAGGGUGGGUGGUUGGCUGGCUGUGCCCAGGGGUGUGGAGCGCGAGCGAGGGCGGAGAAGCAUGCGGGGCAAGGACCGGCCGGCACCCACGCAGUGCUUGCAGACCCAGUGCUUCGACCCGCUGGUCCGCAACUGUGUGGCCUGCAGUCUCCUCCGGACGACGGAGCCUAGACCGGGCGGCCCGAGCAGCCUGGCGCCUGGGACGGCGCUGCAGCCACAGGAGUCGGCGGGCCCGGGGACCCCCGCGGAGGCCGAGGCGGCGCUGCCGCUCCCGGCGCUGCUCUUCGGAGCCCCCGCGCUGCUGGGCCUGGCGCUGGCCCUGGCCCUGCUCGGGCUGGUGACCUGGAAGCGGCGCCGGCGACGGCGGCUGGGCACGGCGAUGGCCCCUGAGACUCCCGAGGCCCUGGAGGUCCCAGAGGCCCCGGACGGAGACCCAGACAAGCCCCUGGACGUUGACACCACACUCUCCCCCGGAACCCUGGAUGCCAUGGCACCCAUCUGGCUUCCGCCCAGUGAAGACCCAGCAGCCACCGCACCUGCCCACAGCGUCCCUGUGCCAGCCACAGAGCUGGGUUCCACUGAACUGGUGACCACCAAGACAGCCGGCCCUGAGCUACAGUAG